GCCUGCGCGGGGCCCCGGGGGGCUGGCCAGGCCGCCCUGGGCAUGCUGCGCGGGGGCGCGGCUCGGUGACGCCGCGGGCGGGGACCCUGCAGCCCCGGAGGCCGGGAGCUGUUGCAGGGCGAGUGCGCUGCGGGGACCCGGGCGCACGGCCCGCGCGCGGGACGCGGCCAUGGAGGAAGACGCGGGAGCAGCUGGCCCGGCGCCGGAGCCCGAACCUGAACCUCAACCUGAGCCUGAAGCCGGCACCUCCGAGGCGUUCGCCCGGCUCUGGACCGACGUGAUGGGCAUCCUGGAUGGUUCACUGGGAAACAUUGACGACCUGGCGCAGCAGUACGCAGAUUAUUACAACACCUGCAUCUCUGACGUGUGCGAGAGGAUGGAGGAGCUGCGGAAGCGGCGUGUUUCCCAGGACCUGGAUGUGGAGAAACCUGAAGCCAACCCCACGGCCCUUCAGCUGCGGUCCCAGAUCGAAGAGUCGCUUGGCUUCUGCAGUGCCGCAUCAACACCAGAAGUCGAAAGGAAACACCCUCUCCGUAAAUCGAACUCAGAAGACAGCUCUGUAGGAAAAGGAGAUUGGAAGAAGAAAAAUAAGUAUUUCUGGCAGAACUUCCGAAAGAACCAAAAAGGAAUAAUGAGACAGACUUCAAAAGGAGAAGAUGUCGGUUACGUUGCGAGCGAGAUAACAAUGAGUGAUGAGGAGCGGAUUCAGCUAAUGAUGAUGGUAAAAGAAAAGAUGAUCACCAUUGAAGAAGCGCUUGCCAGGCUCAAGGAGUAUGAGGCCCAGCGCCGGCAGUCCGCUGCCUUGGACCCCGCCGACUGGCCGGAUGGCUCCUACCCGACGUUUGACGGCUCAUCCACUUGCAACUCAAGAGAACAAUCUGAUGAUGAGACCGAGGAGUCGGUGAAGUUUAAGAGGUUACACAAGCUGGUAAACUCCACUCGCAGAGUCAGAAAGAAACUAAUUAGGGUGGAAGAAAUGAAAAAGCCCAGCACUGAAGGUGGGGAGGAGCACAUGUUUGACAACUCCCCUGUCCUGGAUGAAAGGGCUGCCCUUUACUCUGGAGUGCACAAGAAGCCAUUUUUCUUUGAUGGCUCCCCAGAGAAACCUCCUGAAGAUGACUCAGACUCUCUCACCACAUCUCCAUCAUCCAGCAGCCUGGAUACCUGGGGAGCUGGCCGGAAGUUGGUUAAAACCUUCAGCAAAGGAGAGAGUCGGGGCCUAAUUAAGCCCCCCAAGAAGAUGGGGACGUUCUUCUCCUAUCCAGAGGAAGAUAAAGCCCAGAAAGUAUCCCGAUCCCUCACAGAUGGGGAGAUGAAGAAGGGGCUCGGGUCUCUGAGCCACGGGAGAACCUGCAGUUUUGGAGGAUUUGACCUGACAAAUCGUUCCCUGCACGUUGGCACUAAUAAUUCUGACACAAUGGGUAAAGAAGAUUUUGUGUACAAAGAAGUAAUCAAGUCACCCACUGCCUCCCGCAUCUCUCUUGGAAAGAAGGUGAAAUCAGUGAAAGAGACAAUGAGGAAGAGAAUGUCCAAAAAGUACAGCAGCAGCUCUGUCUCUGAGCAGGAUUCAGGCCUGGAUGGAAUGCCUGGCUCCCCUGCCUCAGCAAAGCCAGACUCUGAACACUUGGACAAACCUAAGCUCAAAGCUGGAGGAUCUGUAGAAAGUCUUCGGAGCUCACUGAGUGGGCAGAGCUCGAUGAGUGGUCAGACAGUUAGUACCACCGAUUCCUCUGCCAGCAACAGGGAAAGUGUCAAGUCAGAAGAUGGUGACGAUGAGGAGCUGCCCUACCGGGGCCCCUUCUGUGGGCGUGCCCGGGUGCACACUGACUUCACCCCCAGUCCCUAUGACACAGACUCGCUCAAGCUCAAGAAAGGAGACAUCAUUGAUAUAAUCAGCAAACCUCCCAUGGGUACCUGGAUGGGCCUAUUGAACAACAAAGUUGGCACGUUCAAGUUCAUCUAUGUGGAUGUGUUAAAUGAGGAAGAGGAGAAGCCCAAACGCCCCACCAGGAGGAGGAGAAAAGGAAGACCGCCCCAGCCCAAGUCUGUAGAAGAUCUUCUGGAUCGGAUUAACCUGAAAGAGCACAUGCCUACUUUCCUGUUCAAUGGAUAUGAGGACCUGGACACCUUCAAGCUCUUGGAGGAGGAAGACCUGGAUGAAUUAAACAUCAGGGACCCCGAACACCGAGCUGUUCUCCUGACAGCGGUGGAGCUGUUACAGGAAUAUGACAGUAACAGCGACCAGUCCGGGUCCCAAGAGAAGCUGCUUGUGGAUGGCCAGGGCCUGAGUGGAUGUUCCCCGCGAGACUCGGGAUGCUACGAAAGCAGUGAGAAUCUGGAAAACGGGAAGACUCAGAAAACUGGCCUCCUAUCUGCCCAGUCAUCAGCCGUGUCCAGCUUGAAGUCUUUCAACCGGAGUCAGCUGGGUACCUACCCGACAUUGCCUUUAAUGAAGUCAGUGGACCCAAGGAAGCAGGGAGAGGAGAGCAGACUGGGCCACUGUCCCACCCUGGACACCGGCAAGCACUGUGACGUACCCUGUGUGACCAGUUUGAGUAAAAACCGAAGAAGCCUCCCGGUCUCCAUCUGUCGGAGCUGUGAGACCCUGGAGGACCCUGAGUCGGUGGAAACUUGGCCCCGAUCGCAUUCCCUGGAUGACCUUCAAGGAGAGCCUGAUGCUGGAAAAGAUGUGCCUACCGAGGUGACGGAAUCUUCCCCUCGGGUUGUACCAGAAGUGCCACUAAAGACCUUCGCCUCCACUGCAAAAGCUCAGCCCCCGGGGCACAGCUCUGCUGCCGACAAUGCAUCGCUACUGACCCAAAGCAAGAGAUUUUCUGACCCCCAGAAAAUGACUACUAAGAAACUGGACGGUCCCAUCGCUGCCUCUUCCUGCGGUCCGUCACCUCCUCAGUGUUUGCCCAGAAACUACGAGGCUCAGCCUCCCGGAGUUAAACCCAGUUUAACAAGGACGUCUCUCGAGGGGCACAGGAAAGGACAUGAUUUGGAAGGAACAUCCCACCCCCCGGGCACCAAAGACGGGGUAGAUGCUGAGCAGAGGGUCCCCGAGGCAAGGACACAGCCAAAACAUCCUUCUCAGCCCCCACCUGUUCCUGCCAAAAAGAGCAGAGAGCGUCUGGCCAAUGGCCUCCACCUGGCUCCCAUGGGCUCUGAUGUGCCCUGCCUGCCCAUGAAGAAGGCCAGCCCUGCCUGCCCCACUGACUGUCCCUCGGCACAGGUGUCCAAGCCACCCCCACCCCCACUCCCAGUCCUGGGCCAGGAGCCAGCCAGCCCGGCCAGCCCAUCCAGCCCCAGACCCCCGCCCUGGCUCUCAGAGCUCCCAGAGAGUGCCAGUCUGCAGGAGCACGGCGUGAAGCUAGGCCCCGUGCUGAGCAGGAAGGUGUCCUGUGUCCGGGCCGUGGACCUGGAGACACUCACUGAGAACAAGCUGCAGGCUGAGGGCAUCGACCUCACCGAGGAACCCUACUCCGACAAGCAUGGCCGUUGUGGGAUUCCUGAAGCCCUGGUGCAGAGAUACGCGGAGGACUUAGAUCAGCCUGAGAGGGACAUCGCCACCAACAUGGACCAGAUCCGGGUGAAGCUGCUUCGCAAGCAGCACCGCAUGGCGAUCCCAAGUGGUGGGCUCACGGAAAUCUGCAAGAAACCCCUGUCUCCUGGAUGUGUCGCAUCCAUGAAUGAUUGGCUCAUCUCCAUUGGCCUGCCCAUGUACACCAGCACCCUCUCUGAUGCAGGGUUCAGCACACUGAGCCAAGUGCCUUCCCUGUCCCAUACUUGCCUUCAGGAGGCUGGCAUCACAGAGGAGCGACACAUAAGGAAGCUUGUAUCUGCAGCCAGACUCUUCAAACUGCCACCAAGCCCCGAGGCCAUAUAGCCAGGCCAGCAGUGGACCUCCCUGGACAAGAGCCAGCCUUUCACUGUGCUUACGAACCUGAUGCAAUUCUUCCAUCUCUGGCAGGUUGACCAGAUCCAGAAGAAAGGCCUUACAUGUGGCCUACAAAGUAUGAGAUCUGGACACAGUACUUAGAACCCUCUCCUCCAGAAAAGCCCCCAUAAGGAAAUUGUGCAGGUCUCUUUGACCCACAAGGGCAGGACAAGCACUUACUUUUAUUUUCAGGUACAGAAGAGCCAAGAUGUCAACUAGCUGCAAAAUCCUUGCUUCUAGUCUGUCUUUGUGCUGGCAGAGGCUUGGAAGGAGAGGGCAGGGUGGCCUGUCUGUUUCCGAUCUCACCCUUGCCCUUCUGUCAGUCACCCUGCAAGAUGCCCAAGCCAGGUGGGCUUAGCAAGGCCAAAGUAACAGACUUGGGAGUUAUUGUAUGCUAUUGACCAGGCUCAUUUGUUCCGAAGUUAGAACAUCUGGCUGCACCAGGAAAAAAUAAGUCCUUUUUCUCCUUUAGAUAAACGAGACAUUUUAAUAAUUGCUUUCUAGCAAUCAGCUUUUAUUUGCCUUAAUAUAAGCUUUUAAGCAGUUCUCUAACUAGUAUCCACAACCCUGUAACACUAGUUCCAAAUCUUCAGCUUAGACUGCCAUCUAACAUAUCUGGGCUAUUUCCAGUAAAAAAUGGGCUUUCUAAUUGUCUCAUUCUAACAUGGCUUAUUUUGUAGGGGUGUUUAUCAGGCACACAUUUCAUGUUGACUUUUGGUUUUUAAACUAACUACAAAUUCAGUGAAAAGAGAUCUGAAAUUCACAAAGAGUAUAUGUGUGUCGGGGGGUGGGUAACUGCCUUUCGUUUUAUUUGGUUCAGUGUUGUACCACAUUGGUCACUGUGUUGCAGUGUGGACUUGAAAUUCUGACCACAUCCAUUCCAAAACUUAGCCAUCAGCUAAUGGGUCACCUUUGCAGAAAGUCAUUAGAAUGCUGAAUAUUUCAGAGAGAUGUUUCUAAAAAGGGAAAUAGUUUACAAGCUGUUUUUAAAGGUUUUUUUUUUUUUUCAAUUCUAUAAUUAAGAUAUUGUUAUCCUUCUUUUCUUAUUUUUAAAAAUUCAAACAAAGGUUCAUUAGGGAGCCAGAAAAACCACAUUAGCUAUUUAUGUGUUAGUUGUCGCCUCUUUAGUUGUUUUCCAACUGAUUUCAGCAUAUUCUAUCCUCAUGUACUUUAGUGUCUGAUUUUCUAGGAAACGGCAAAUUUGGACAACUAUUAAGGUUUCCCUUGCUUACAAAAUGAUUUUUCUUUCACAUUCUUAUGAGCACCAUUUGAAUUAUCAAACAUGAUCGGUUAUGAUAGAAACACUUUGAUCAACGGUUCUGUAAUUGUUCAUCUAGUUAUUAAAACAAAAGACUUCCCUCAGGGGAGUGGGAAGAAGAGAUUUCAUGCAUCACAAAGCCAUCUUUAAUAUAUGCUUUGUACAUUCGGAUUCAUGUCUCUGAGGAAAAGGACAUUCUCAUUCUCAGGUGUAUUUUUUUCAUGCUUUGGUAUGAAGUUUUGAAAAUAAAUGUAUGUUUCUUCACUUACGUUCACCUUCUGUGAGAUACCAUGGGAAGAAGUUGUGGAAAUUCAGAAUAAAAAAGUAAAGCUGCCCAAUUUCUGUUGAUCUCUUAAAAGGGAGCUCAGUUUUGUCAUUUUGGAAUGUAGGAGUUUGCAGGGCUCUUGGUAGUUACAGCAGUCAAGCAGAUCUGUGCUAUGGCGGAGGUGGGUGCUGUAAAACAAGCUUCUCUUCUUGCUUCUGAAGUACCUCGGCUUGCUUGACAUUCCACCAGGUCCUGCUGGUGAUUUUAGUUGAGCAAAGAGACUACACAACAAGUCUAGAGGUCACGAAGAAGAAGGAGAAAUCUCAUGUAAAUUUCCAAGUAUUAGUUCAUCCUCAGUGUCCAGUUUUUAUUUAAGUAAAACUAGCACCAGAGGUUUUGACAAUGCCAAACCAUAUUUUUAUUACUCUGGAAAUCAUUGCCUUUGCAUGGAAGAUUAAAUUCAGGGAACCACGCCUAAUUUGUAGUGAGAAUGUCUGAUCUGAGGGGGCUAUGAGGUUGUUUUUGCUUUAUUUUUUAAAUUUUGUUUUUAUAUCUAGUGUUUGUUUGGUCUUCUUUUGCUUUAAACUUUUAAUUUGGUCUGAGAAAAGCCCGAAUGCUUGUGUGUGGCAUCUGACUGAGGUGGCUUGGGGCUGCCUGUGGCCGUUAGUGCACAGGUGGUAGGUUUUAGCAAUACCCAGUUUUAAUCAGUUGUUAUUUGGUACAGAAUUUUGAGUGACAGUGAAAAUUGUUGUUUUUGGAAAGCACAAGAGAAACCUGGAAAGGCAGUUCAGCUCAGGUAGCUACACAGAAUGUUGUUUGUAAUUUUUAUGAAACAGCAAUCUGGAAGGAAAUGCAGUUGGUCCCAACUACAAUUUACAUUCCCAGAACACUGAAAGCAAAUAUCUGUUGACGGUCUUGCCUUAUUGAAGGCCUUUUUCUCUGUCCUAAACCCAGGUGUGACUAAAAUUGGAAAUGAGUUGUCUGUUAGAAUUCAGUCCCUGAGACAGCCAAAUUUGCUUUCAGAACUGCAGCAAAAGGGUCAGCUUACCAAGUCACUGCUGCGUGUGUACUGUAUCAUGUUCAGAAAAAAAAUAAAAUUGUCUGAGUCCAAGUUAUCUUGAUUUUAAAUUGAUAGAGAAAACAAGCUGUUGAGCAAGUUAUAUAACAACUAACAACAUUGCACUUUCUGUAUAUGAAAUCAAUAUUUAAAUAACUUAUUUUUCUCCAUUGCUGUUCUUAAACAUUGUAAGUAGCUGUAAUAUACCGGUACCAAUAUGUUCUUGCAAUUGCUUCAGCCCAACAAAGCUGUGUAUUGUCUUAAAACUUGUAAAAAAAAAUUAUUGUGAUGAUUCAUUUAGAAAAAAAGAAAGGUGGACAGAAGGGUUUUCCUAUGUAUCAAAGCUUGUCUA